GUAGAGAUCGGACCCGGGUAACUCUCACCUUCCGACGGCAGUAUCUCGGUGUACAUACAGUUUUUGAGACAUUUCCUUUCGUUAAUCUAUGGAGACUAAGAUACGUUUCCGAGCACAGUCUUCCUAAAUGGAUACGGCUCAGGUUCAACCUAGUCAAUAAAAAGUAAAAUCCUGUCCCUAAGAUAUAUAUUUUUGGAACUAAACCAGGGACAAUACCUACUCAAAAAGAAUAAAAGAAGUGUUGAAUGAAGAUGGGCCAGUCACAGAUUGUUACUAUGUUUAGUAUAUGUGGAUACGAUGUCGUGCUCUCAAAGUGGAUAUUGUCAUCGGAUGUAAGCACGAACCCAUGAAUAUGGGCUGAAGUUAACGGCAUGGAUGCAGCAUGGGUUUUCUGGAUGACCCUGGCAUUGCUCUUGGUGCAAUCCGAUGGCCUUACCCUUAGGACAACGGGGGCAGAGUCUCCUCAGUCGACCCAACUGCGUCUGAUGACGAAGGCAGAAGGCGACGCCCUACAACGAAGAGUUCCUGCCAUUAGAGAGAACGAAAUAGCCGCCAUUUUCCGAGGCGUGGCUUACGGGGCACCUACUCAAGGACGCCCGAAUGAUUCUUCAACAGUUCAAGUGACCACAGAAACCAUCAUUUUCAAUUUUCCUUCCACGUCCUCUACAUCUUCCUUUCGAUCAGCAGUGUCUACAUUAGGUCCACCAAAAUUCGCCAGUGAAGUCCCAGUCUCACAUGGAAACCACCGUGAUAACGACAGACAAGUAACUUUGCAUAAUCAUACUUCUAAUUUUAAAGACAUCCGUGAAAUUCCACAGGCAAUCGAUACCUCCGAGGGCCAAGGAACCAAAGAGGGUCCUGUCAAUAAUGAUAUUUUAGUAGUUCCCACUUAUGUCCCUUUGGCCACAAGCCAUACGGCCCUUGACAUCAGCAGAAGACCUGAAAAUAAUGGAAAGGGAAGUAGAAUUGAUGGCUCAAAUAAUAAAGGUGUUUGGAUCAGUGGCUUCCCUAAUUCUCUUGAUGGAAUAGCAUGGUCAAUCCACGUUUAUGUAUCAGUUGGUCUCUUCACUUUGCUGGGAUUGGUAUCACUGUGUUUAAUGGCCAGAGUGGCCCUUUGUACCCACUUGUUACCGAGGACACAUUAUCUGUCACUCCAUAUAUUCAUUUUCUGUGCCUCUUUUGUGCGCAGCUUAGAUAUUUUGCUUGAAAGCCAUGACAUGAAAUACCUAUUUCCUAUCACCAUAACAAUGGUUGCUGGAGAGUUUGGCUGGCCUUGCCUGACAGCAGCUCUUGCAGUAUUGUUAAUAGCAGUGCUGAAGGAAUGGCAGCAUCCAAAUCAUCCCCACCGAGCUUUGGUCCUAUAUUUGUUUACUGGCUUACACCUAGUUGCAUUACCUAUUGCUCAUUUCUCAGUGCUUUGGCUUGAACAAGAUAACAUACCUGUUGUAGUGAUAAUAAGGGCUUUUUCAACAGGCUGGGGUGGGGCCAUAGGCAUUGGUGGAAUGUGGGCAGUAUGGAGAGAAAGCCGGGACAAUUCCUCUCAUAUGACUGGCGUGCAAUCCAACAACAAUGUGAGAAACCAUCCCAACAUCUCACAUCCAGCCCGAUUGGUGUUAACAGCAGCAUUGACUCAGCUUCUCCUUGCAGGACUCCACCUCUACAGCCUUCUAGUGCCAAAUUCCCCUGAGACACAUGCAUGGAUCUGGUGGAGUUGUGUCACUGUCUCUAGGGGCUUAGAGCUGAUUGUGGGCAGCACCCUCCUUACUGCUGCAGCUCUGACUUUGACCCGACAGAGCCCAUGCAACGUUUUUAGUAGCUGUUGUCAGAAGCGGACUGUGGAAAUUGUGCAUCCAGCAGAGAUCAAAAUGAUUCACCCAAUGGGUGUUUACACUCUGCAGCCUGCCAGACCCAAGAAUGAACAUGCUCAAACCAUAGCUGCGUUAUCUUUAAGUAAUUCUUACAAAGAGAAACGAGACCAGAGUAGCUUAGACUACGUUACCUCAGAUUUUCAACUUGUUUGGAGUCAUUCUCGUCAAAGACCCCUUGGUGCUUCUCAGAACACACAACACCUCUUAGGAGAUGAUGGCGUUCUUCAGUCAUGUACUGACAAGCCCUUUAAUGACCUGCCAAAUGCUCACAUUCUCACACAUAAACCGAGAAUCGGGGUCAUUGACCCUUUUCUAGGUCCUAGUGCAUUCACUGCAGUUGUGCCCAGAAAUAGAAUGUACGUAGACCCGCAGUCCUGCUUACCACUUCAAGAAGAUCUCAAGUCUUCCCAAGAUGGUGGUCUUAACUAUGCCAGUAAAAGUUCGACCUUAUUGUCUGGUAGUAGUGGGAGUAGCAAGCUCUAUUCAUCCCCUCAAAUUCCUCUCAGAUCUAGCAGGAGCUGGGAUGAGAUCUCUACAGGUCACAUCUACGAAGAUUUGACAAAGACCAAACACGGGUCUGUUGAUGAGGGUUUGUCAGAUCUCUCUGAUCUUAACAGUGAGAACAUGAAUGACCUCUUCUUUAGUGAAGCUGGAAGUCCUGUCUUCAUCAGGCCUGCUAGGAAACAACAGAAGCGCAAUUAUGCUGCUUGCUACAUAAGGGCAAAUUAUCUAAAGCAAAAUUCUGUUCCACCUCUUGCCAUCAUGUCUCAGCACAGGGAUUCUGGUGGAAUUUUUCAGCCUGAUCCUUCCCAGACGGUGGAAAGCCACAAGAAACCCAUCGAGCUGUCUGGAAACAAACUAAAUUCCACCCAGCGUUCUAUAACAAAGCAGAAUUCCACCCAAGUCUCAAGUAGUCGACAAAUGUCUAGCCAGAACCCUCUCAAUGAGUUUUGCCCUGACAUAAUACCCACAAAUAGCAAAAUUGCCCCGUUGCCUGACCUUCCCACAACUCACAACUCCAGCCAGCAUGUUGCCAUCCACACUCCUUCAACCCGAACCACUUCCAUGAACCAGUUGCCCUCCGGAUCAACCAAGCCUAGGGGUAAACUGUAAACUUUUGAUCAUGUAUAGGGAUAAAUUUUAAACUGGAUCAAGAUUUUUAGGGGUCAAAUUUUAAACAAUUUUCAUUAUUCAUAGGGGGUAAACUGUGCACUAUUUCGCAAAUAUACUGGUAAACGUUAAACAUCUUCAGCAUUUUAGGUAUAUACUGGAUCACUUUUUGUAGGGGUAAACUGUAAAUUGUCACGAAUCUGUUAGGGGUAAAAAAGUAGAAUAUUUUAUCGUUUAAGACAAACUAUUAAUUUCAUCACAAAUAUCAAAGGAUACUACUCAACGUUUAGCGUGUCAAGGUAAACUUUAAAUAAAGCCAUGAUAUUUAUGGGUAAAUCGUUUUCAAUUUAACGUAUAACUAUUAACUGCGUUACCAAUGGCACAAAGAAGAAUAAAUAAUGCUUAUGAUUUCAAGAAUAACGUGACAUCAGUAGUAUUCUGCCCUCUUUAAAAUAAUCUUUGAUUGUCUUUUUCAAAAUAAUGAAUCCAUGAUUGUUUUUUAACAGUUAUAUCUACUUUAUGCUAGAAAAAGUACGGGGGGAUUAUUCAUUCCCGAAAUGUGAAAAAAGUAUUGUAAAUGUGACUUGAAGACUUAAUUUCUUAUUCAUAUUUUACUCAUUCCUCACAGUGGCUGUCUUGACUACAGCUUAAGUAUCAAUAUCUUACAUUCAGGUGUGUUUUCAGUUGCGGGUAUUUCUUUAAGAAGAGGUAAAAGCUAAUGAAAUUCAAGAAAGCAAAAGAGAUUAUCAAAUGUAUAUAUUUUUUCUUUUGCAUUAAACGAUUCUAAUUUUUUCCGAUUUAAGUUUUUGUUUCAUUAUCUCACACGUUUUUUUAAUGUUAUUGCUGUAGAAAAUUAUUAUACUCUGAAUCCCCACAUCAUAUCAGCUAUGUAAAUACUUGUUACUGCUUUUAAUAUUAGUUACAAGACCCGGGCCUUUCCCUGAAGUUAUUCUGUGUUGAAGCAAGGUGCCUCCUCCCUCCUCCCCCCUCGCCCCUCUCUCCCCUCCCCUCCCCACCUCCAGAACCUGCAGAUUCCUCUUUCACCGUCAUAGAUUAGUGUAUAAUCAAGCUGUGUACAUACAUUAUAACACAUGGACAUGAUUUCUUUUACACGCAUGUAAGCACACAUGCACACACUCACAUAAACACAAAUUUAGUAUGCAUAUGUGUGUCUGCUGCAUUGCUAAUUCAUGCACAUGCAGUUAGAUACAAUACAUACACACGAGUACUCAUAUUAUAUUUGUAUGCAAGUAUACAUAUGUAUACAAAUAGGUUACGGUAAAAAUAAAUGUCAGAUGUACUUUUUGCUUAUGUAUAAUAAUGUAUUUAUUGACCUGAACCUAUAUUUUUUAUACCGCUUUCCAUAUGAUAGGGACGAAUCUAAGCUGGAGGUCAGUGUACUAAGUCAAGUUGUCACAAUUGUUUAUUCACUGUGCCAGUCAACGGCAGCUUCUACGGUUGUCAAAUCCCGGUGAUUACGGUGAAGGAUCAGUAGUAACCAGCGACGGUGUCAAUCAUGAAAGUUGGUGGCCAAAUUGAGGAUCAGAAAUGAACAUAGGAUUAGUUGCCAAGCAACGUUGUCGGUCAUAAUAGGUAGUGGUUAAGCUCAAGAAUCUAUCACCAACAAUUGUAUCAAUCACUGCACUUGCAACAGUCCUUAAAAAAUGGUGGCCAAGGGCGGAUCUAUUGCAAUCAAACUUCGUUUGUCAAAGGCGGGUAGCUUAAGUAAAAAAAUUGGUCAUCAACAACUAUAUCUGUCUUCAAAGUCUGAUGAUUAAGGUAGUGGAUCAUUCACUAACUACUGUACCAGCAGCCCAAGUCCAGUGUUUGAGAUGAAGGAUUAUUCAUCAAAAUCUGUCCGCUUCUAAAUAAAGCGGUUAGACCAAAGAUUUAGUCACUUUUGGUUUCAUUAGUUAUCAAAGUUAUCUGGUUCAGGGAAAGAAUUAAUCUCGAUCAAGGGCUUUGUUCAUCAAAAAACCGGUUUCUAAAUUAAAGGACCAUUCAACAAAACCCUAUCAGAUGUAACAUCCAGUGAUGAAGUUCAAUAACUCACAUAGAAAGUUUUUGAAGUCAAGACAGGUCACAUCAGGCAUGCCUCGUACGUUAGGUAUGAUGUGUAAUUUAAUUAAGCCAGUUGUAUUACACCAAGUAUACAGCAUGUUGUAAAUGGCCAUGACAUCCAAAAUAUGUAAGUGAUGAAUGGAUUGAAAAAAAAAAGUUUAUCAUACGGUAAAUGGUAAUAUAUUAUGAAAUUCCCUCACCACUAAAAUGAAGCAAAAAAACUUCAAGAAA